CCGCGCAGGUUGCGGUGCGCCUCUGCGUGACCAGCGGACAGGUGUUUGUUAGACAAAUACGCACCGUGUUCCUUUCUGCUAUUUGUUUGCGCAUAAACAGUUUUUUUUUGCCGCUCCUGCAGCAAUUUGCAUUCACCUGUAAUGAAGUCAGCGCGGCUCCAAAGGAACGACAUUCCCCUCCACUCGUGGACAAAUGUGGAUGUUUAGACUUAAAAACCCCCGAAGAGGAGCUGAGGACGAGGGAGAACGUCCUGGGCACGUUAUGAAAGCUUAACAUGAUCAUUUAAACAGCCAAAAAGGGAAAAUAAAAGUUACAGUUCGGGGUACAGAUGGAGUCGAAGGCUGGACUUCUGCUUCUGCUGCUUCUUCUUAUCGCAGAAUGCGUUCAAGGGGCCUUCGUGGAGCCUCUGCAGCCCAACACCGACCUCAAGGGGUUCACUGACUCCCAGACCAGACUCCCCUGCUGGUACCAGCUGGAGGAGGACCAGAGGAUGGUGCAGGUCUCCUGGGAAAAGGUGUUCCCAAAUGGGACCAGCAAGCAAAUCAUCACGGCCCACUUCACUGAAGGGAUUAAAGCGCUUGAGAGCUCUGACCGGAUGAGGUUUGAGACCUUCAACCCGAUUUCUGACAGCUCAGCUCUGCUCAUCCAAGUCACAAAGGUGUCAGACGCCGGCGUCUACCGGUGCCACAUCGCCACCCACCCUCAGGGAAGCUUCGACAGGACCAUCAAGCUCACUGUGUGGAUGCUACCCAUCUCCUCCGUGGAACCGGAGAACCUGGUGGAAGGCCAGGCGUUCGGCCUUGUCUCCACCUGUCGCGCCGUGGGCUACCCCAAACCCGGGCUGUCCUGGGACACGGAGCUGCCCGGCCACUCCAAGAACCACACCGGGGAAGAUGGGAAAGCGUUCAUCCAGUACUGGCUCCACCCGCUGCGCAGCAUGAACGGCAAGAAGCUGGACUGCUUGGUGUGGCAUCCCAGCUUGAAGGAACCCCGCAGGAUCGCUGACCGCCUGGUGGUCCAGUACCCCCCAGAUCCCAUCAUCUCCAGUUCUCCCAGUAACUGGCAGGUUGGUUUGCAGAAAGCCGAGCUGGUGUGCGAAGGCAGAGGAAACCCAACACCCCAGAACAUCAUCUGGACUUGGAGAGGAGGAGCUUUGCCAGAUGGGGUGUCUGUGGAUGGAGAAAAGCUCGUUUUCGGACGGCCCGUCCAGUUGAAUGACAGUGGGACUUAUGAGUGCACGGUCAAGAACGCUGUGGGAUCUGGAAAAACAGAGUUUACAUUGGUUAUAUCAGGGCCGCCGCUUCCGCCGCUGCCAAACCUGCUGCUGAUUAUCGUUAGCGCCGUGGCCGGCGCUUUGGUUCUGCUGCUGGUCAUCGUGUUCCUGGUCGUCAAACGCCGCCAUCUGAGAAAAACCAAAAAGCUGAAGAUGGAGCUCCAGGAAACAAAGGAGGAAAUUAACAGUCUCUCGAGACAAGCCUCCUUCAGGAGACUGAACUCAGCCGGCUCAAUUUCACGAAUUCAGCCUGAAGAUUAUGCCUUACUCAGAGUAGACAGCCGCACUAAAUACAGCGAAGUGUCUCUGGAGCCCCCCCACUAUCAGGGCAGCCAGUCCACUCUGGGUGGGAGGUGGGGGCCCACAGGAGAGGUACCACGGGAUGAAUACGGACGUCCCGUCGUCUGGACCGAGGACAGAGAGUGCCUGAGAGCCGCAGAGAUGAACAGGGAGAAGGAGGAGCGCAGGAAACGGGUGGAGUCGUUUGUGAAGAACAGCAACAUGUCGCUGGAUUCAGGCCUUCCUUCCUCGCUGGUUCCCCUGAAGGUCCAGCAGGACGACAGUAACGGUCAUAAAGAGCCUGACUUGUGUCACCUACAGGAAGACGACUCGUCCCCAGGCGACGACUCGGUCGUUGAAUCCUCCACAACGGAGGAACACGAGGAAGACGAAGGAAGAAGACGGCAUUAUCUUCAGGGAACUCUCAGUAAAAUGUUUUAUGAAAGCAAUGGGGUCCUCAGGCCCAGAGAGAAUCCCAACGCCAUUCUCCUGCCUUGCCAAAAUUAUUGCAACCCACAACUUAUCUAAACCUCUGACUUUCUUCCAUAAUUGGAAAUGAGAAAAGCCUGUCAGCAUUUCUGCUCUGACAGAGACUUUUAUUUUGAAAAAACAAAGUAUUCAAUUACUAUGGACAGAACACCAACAAAGACAAUUUUAUUUGUUUUUUGACUUCUAUUCUUACUUCAUAAUAACAGGAACCUUUUUAAACAUUUUUGGGAUCUUUUUGUGCCAUUUGCUAAAAGAGGAGAACUUGCUCGACUCUGGAAUCGUUGAAUCUUGUAAGAUCUACAGAGACUUCACUGACUGGAGACUUUUCCUCUAACUAAACAUCAGGUCAUCUGAAUGAGGACUCUCACUGUCAUCAAGAAAUCUUACAAACUUCAAACUGGCUUUACAUUACAAACUUGAACUGGAUUAUUCUACAGAGAUAAAAGAUUAUUAAAACGGAUUUAUUAUAUGUUUACUGACACAUUGUACUCUACACUCUGCAUCAAUAAACAUGUUACAGUGCAUGGUUUUCCCUAGAAGACCUGCUAAUCCCGGUGGUAGGGGCACUAGAGCAGUCCAUCAGAAGCCCGUCGUGUUUUGUGUUAAAAGAAUUUGUAAUUACAAACAUUUUAAAGUCCUGAGUGGGCAUCAUAAUUUUAAAAUAAUAGCAUGAGGCCAACUGGUAGGUGUAGGAACGGCACAAUUGGUGCGCACUGUUGUGGGAAAAAAUAUUAUUUCCAAGCACUGUUCAGGUGAAAUCACUCAAUCAGGUUUAGUCAUAUACUAUGCACAAUACAGAGAGCUUGUAGGACAAUCAGUAAUGAAGCAGGUCUGGAUGACCUUAUUGUAAUUUUUCCAUCACAGAACCCUCUGGGGUCCAGUUCAAUGCGCCAGCUAUAAACCUAGCUUGAUUUGUCUAUGGUGUCAAUGUAACUUGUACAUAAAAACUGUAUUUAAAAUAAACAAACCACGCUUAGCCUGGUGGCGGCAAGUUAAGCCUGGUGGCCUGCCAGGCUUAUAAUACACCAGGGAAAACCUAGCAGUGUCUGAAAUGUAAUAUUAGUUUGUAUUUCUAAUAAGAACUAAUUUUGUCAUCAGUGGUAGUUUAUGUGAGCUAAAUGGCUCUCUAUCCAGGGCGUCAUACCACCAAUGGGCAGCACCGACACUCCAGAGAGAGUAAAGAAACAGUUAUGUCAGUUUUACCUCCAACAAGUUUUCUAUUGGUUAUUUUCAUGUUUAGUAAAUGGGAACUGGGCUCCUUCCUAUGUUUUACACAAUGAAGGCACUGCAGUCAAAAUGGCCGUGCACAAGAAGUGGUUGAUUAAAUGGCUUAAAGUUAAAGAGUUUAUUAAAUUAUUCAUCAAAGAAGCUGGAAUAUUUAAUUUGCUCUGAUCUAGAAUCUGAACUGUGUUAGUGGCCAAACUUGAGCUGGGUUAUUCUUUGCAGAUUAAAGAUUUGCUAAAACACCAUUUUAGGUUUAUUAUUUAGUUCCUCUAUGUGAAAAUGCCGAAAAAUUUGGGAUUUCUUAUACUUUACAUAAGUAAAAUGAUUUUUCGCCACUCAUUGACUGGUUGAAUGUGUCCUACCAGGGCCCACCAAGCUGAAAAUCAAUAAGAACUUAAAAACUAUUACAUUUAGCUAGGGUUAAAUCUAUUAUUUACUUAAAUCUUUGAAAAUAAUACUAAUAAUCGGUGGAAUUAAUGUAAAAACAUUUAAUAAAGUAAUUUUAACAGCAGUUGGAGUAAUUAUUGCUUUUCUGUUUCAAACUAAAACAGAGACAAUGUUUUACGUUUUUGAGUAAAUACUCAGAUAUGAUAAUCUCAUGCUGGACCAAACCUAUAGAGGAGUUUACUAUAUUUAGUCUUACAUAAACUAUGUUUUUCAAUAAAUCUUUUGCUAGAUUUAUAUGUUGUUUAUUGUUUUUCUACGGGUCAGACGGGUUUUGCAGCUCGACAAAUUUUACUCAUUAAAAUGGCUCUCUUGAUGCAUUUUCCCCUGCAGAAUAAAAGCAGUGUUACUCACUUUACUAUCUAUGGCCAUAUUGUUAUGGCUCAUAGGUGUGGCUACAUGUGAAACAUCAACAGCUGCCUGCAGGAACUAAUGCAUAAAGGGAGGAACUGUGAUAAAAAUGGACACAUUGGAAGAAAAAUGGCUAAAAUAUGUAUUUUAUUAGACAAAACUGGACUGUAAAUUAUCACUGAUGAGCAGUUGGAUGAACUGGACAUUUUAUUUUGUAUGAAGAAACUCUGUUGAACAUAUUGAAUAUUGUUUGUGUAUGUGUUCUAUUGUAAGGAAGUCAAAUGUAAAUAACUGAGAUUUUAUUAUUAAAAUUACAGCGUAUGGGAUUUUAAAAGCA